UGGUUGUGAGCAGUUGUGAACGCAACUUGACGCUCUCGACCCUGCUUACGAAACGUUCGAUAAGCAUUUCCUAAGGAAGGACUUUUAUAGUACAGUUUACGUCUGGGGGCAUAGAUCUGUCCCAUCCUUGUUAAUAAUACUUUUCCAACAAAGCUUCACACAAAAUUCCAGCACAUUCCACCGAAGUUUGACGCACGGGGCGUGUAUCCGGUCAAGUAGCGAUCGUACUGCUAAGAUCAAGAACUUCAGUUAUGGAAAUGGAAGAGGAGGUAAGUGAUCAUCAGCAAAGUGCUGAGGUGACUCCAGCCAGCAGUGAGAAUGACCUUCUGGAAAAUAAAUCGGAGGACAGCAUUGAUGAUGAUGAUGACGACGAUGAAGAUGAUGAUGAUAUUGAUAAAAUGUUGAGUGAGUUGCAGACUUUCCAAGAGGAGCUUGAGCAGAAGUCACAGUUUCCAACAGAAGAUGAACAGAGCCCAGGUAUAUCGCCAUAUGUACCACCCUCACAGCCUCUGGACCAGUUCAGAUUUUCCAUAAGUGCUAUAGAGGGAAGUGGUGAAGUCGACUUGGAUGCCCUUCUAGAAGAUCUGUGUGUUAUGGAAAGGGACAUGACGUCUUCCAGUGAAACAGAUUCCAUGUUUUCAGAGACAAUUUCUAGCCCCAUAAUAAACUCUCCAAUCUCACCCAAAAUGAAGGUGUCAGCUGAUGUGCGCAGCCGUCUUGAAAGUGUCCAAGAAGAGACGAGAGAACUUACCCCUGAGGAACAACAUGAAAGAAUCAAAGCAGAGAAAAUAAGGAUAGCUUUGGAGAAACUCAGGGCAGCUAGAGUGAAAAAGUUAGUUGUCAAAGUAUACAAUGAUGAGGAUCCAACAUCAAAAACUGUGGCCAUUGAUCAGACUUGGACGGCAUGGGAAGUAUGCAAGAAAAUGAUGCGCAAGAAUGACACAGAACCUGAUCCCAACUGGGUUCUGAUCGAAAGAAUUCCAGAACUCUUUUUAGAACGACUCUUGGAAGAUCAUGAAUCAGUAGUGGAUGUAGUUUCAACCUGGCCAUGGGAUUCUGAGAACAAACUAGUGAUUAAUAACAGAAGAGAAAAAUAUGCACUUUUUAGAAACCCGCAGAACUUUCUUCUGACAAGUGAUACAUCAGCAGGUGCUGCACAGUUGGCAGAGAAAAGUAAAGAUAUUUUGCUGCAGGAAUUCUUUCAAAAGGAUGCCAUGAGACUACCAGAACUUGAUGGUAUUUUGUACCUUAAGGAAGGGAAAAAAUCCUGGAAAAAGCAUUAUUUUGUUCUUAGAGCAUCUGGAAUCUACUAUACACCAAAGGGAAAAACUAAGUCGUCACGCGACAUCGUAUGCUUGAUGAAGUUUGAACAUGUUUCAAUCUAUAAUGGUAUUGGAUUCAAGAAGAAGCUGAAGGCGCCCACAGAGCACUGCUUCGUUUUAAAGCAUCCUCAAUACCAUGACCUGGAGUCAAAAGCUGUUCGCUGUUUUUGCGCAGAAGAUCUUAAAACAAUGCAGCGCUGGAUGGUGGGCAUCAGACUAGCAAAGUUCGGAUACAAAAUGUUGGUAGAUUAUACGGACACGCAAGACGAGAUGGACAAGCUUGCGUUCACACUAGACAGGAACAAGUUCACCAGGUCAUCAAGCUUCACUGCAGGACAAACUUCUGACCAAAUAGAUGGCAAACUUGAGUCGCAGGCUGAACCACCCAAGGAUUAUCAGUCGAUGAAAGCAAAGGUUCAGUCUCAGAGAAUUAAAGAUUCAAUCGGCACAUCCUCAAUCCAUCCCAGUGGUAGCAUGAGCUUCUCCGUCAACAGGAGUAAAAUUGAACCCAAGAAGCCUUCAAAGAAGAUUGGAAAUUUGUUUUCGGAUGCCUGGAAGAAAGGGAACGAGUAUGACUCUAAGAAUAUUUCUGAACCCAUCUCACCCGAUCCACCCUCAACGCAUAGUGCGGGAGCUGCUACGCCAAAUACCUUGGACCCAAAGCCUUUCACCAUAGAUAACGUGAGCCUGCAACCUCUGGAGGAAGAACACGAGGUAAAGGAUGAGACCCAUGAAACUGAGGCGGGAGAAGCUGUUGUUCCAGAGCACAAUUUGGUGUUAGAUCCACCGCCUUUACCUCGGAAGUCAUUCUCCAAGAAAAUAGAAGGGGAACCUGCACAGCCACAGGGAGACAACAGCGAAGACAGAGAACAGGCGCAGAAUGGUGGUGAACUAAGCCCACGGGGUAGGAGCUCGUUCAAACAACCAAGGAGGACUCGCAGCGUGUCGCCGCCUCCACCGCCACCAUCCCCACCCUUGGCAAAUCGUGGAGUCACCCAGGAGCCUAGUAAUAACAUGGGGGUAUCUCACUCUUCGAAUACACGCGGAAGUGCUUCCCCUCCUCCUCCUCCCGUCCCUCCAAAAUCAGCGACACCCCGUACUUCGUCUGUAAGUUCAGAAAACAGCGUGUUCCGACGAACCUCGUCUAGCGCUUCGGACCACGAAGUGUUCCCGCAAACUCCUUCAAUUGUUUCAGACCAAUCUGGGAUGCCUCAACCCGCUCCUAGUACGUCAGACCAAGAAGUGUUCAGCGGCUCGCUCCUUCCACCCCCUUCACGGCUUCUCUCCACCUCCAUGGAGGAAAUGCCUCCACCGCCACCUACCUCAGACGUUCAAGAAGAUGCAGACGUGGAGCUCCCUCCUCCUCCUCCAGAGGUGUUGUUUAAAGAAAGGCUUAGCAUGUCUAUCAGUAACGGCAGGCGGAGAACCCCCAGUGACGCCCCAGCAGUACCGCCCAAAACAGGGAGACCAAGAUUUAGCAGCUCUGGGCCGCAAUCUCCUACCUCUCAAGGGAGAACGUCUUCGUUCACGGGCAGCUCGUAAACAAGUUUGUUCGCCUGCUGGGUAAACAAACUACAAUAAAAUGAGAAAUGUUGGUAAUUAUUUAUUUGGUCUCGCGUGAAUAACCGCAGUUGAACACACAUGUGAGCUAAACUUGAGCGUUUAAGAACUAAUGAUACUUUAACGCAAAUGAUGUCAAACCUAUUUUAUAUCUUUCAUAUAUGAAGAUGUAUUUACAGGAAA